GCCGAGCCGACCGUACGCUCCGCCAGAAAAGUAUGAACAUUUGCAUAUGCUGCCAGACUACUUGGAGCGGGGACUUGAUGUUGUCUUCUGCGGUAUCAACCCCGGAUAUACCUCUGCGGAGAAUGGCCAUCAUUAUGCACAUUCGACUAAUCACUUUUGGUUGGGUCUUUACGAAUCUGGAUUAACAGACGUCCUGCUGUCACCUGAUGAGGAUUAUACACUGCCUGACAAGUACAACUUCGGCUUGACCAAUCUGGUCGACAGACCGACGGCCGAGCAAUCAGAGCUCGCGGCAGACGAGAUGCGCCAAGGUGUACCUGCGUUGAUGAACAAGUUCGCAAAGCACCGCCCGCGGAUCAUCUGCUUCCUCUCGAAAGGAAUAUGGAAAGUCUUCUUGCGCGAGGCAUACCGCCUUGCUUCGCUAUCUUCAAAAGAGACUUUGCCCUCUCUGAGCCCCUCGAGCCAGAGUCCGCCGUCCAGUCAGUCAACACCGUCGAGACGUGCCUCGCCUCUCAAGUCCAGGUUCUUCGACAGCACGACCCACUCUCGGGACGACGGCUCACCAGAGGCGAUAGAUGCUUCGCCUUCACCGCGAAAGCGAAGCAAGACCAAGGUGCCGAAACACUCGUUCAACUGGGGCAUGCAGCCGUUCAAAGUCAUGCACCGCCAACCUGGAUCAUUUUCGUCGUCUAUAGACCAGACCUGGUUUUUCGUCGUCCCGAGCCCGUCUGCUCGUGUUGUCGCCUACCAGUGGUGGGACAAGGUCGAGUUUUUCAAGAAGCUGCGCGAAUUCACUAGCGAAGUGAAAAAUGGCCGAGUCGAUGCCUCUGAGCAUCACGUCUUACCGCUCACUACAACUAAAUCGAUAUAUUUUAUGAAUAUGUGAGGUAAUUCGUAAUGGCUUUUGGGGCACUCGGAGUGAGCUUUACACCCCGAUGUCAGCACAGCAUGCGGCGUCCCAUAUUCCUCUCAGUUUGCGUAUGUUGCUACUUCAGACCUGUCCCCAAGCGUGUAGUUCCUUUUUUCUUCUUUGAAGCUAAGAUGAUCGAAGCCUGCCAGACUCGUUGUUGUACAAUGGUCAUACAUCUAAGUCAUAACGAACGCUACGAGAAAGAAUGUCGUCAAACCUUGAGACAAGCCCGCACCUGCGGGCAGGAGCAAUAAAUAACGAAUAAGGAGCGCAUAUAGGUAGGCAGGUUUCAGAUGAAAGCGCUUCGCGAGGCCUGCGACUCCGAAUCGAACGAGGCAUCGACGACGCGCCCAGGGAUCUCAACGUCCUGGUCCUUGGCGACCCCGUCCGGCACGCUGCAGGCGGCCUGCGAGCCGUCCGAUGUGCCCGAACGCCCGAGGAUGCUCGCGAGCUUCGAGAGAUGGACAGAGAUGGCCUGACCAGCGUGCAUGUCGCGCAUUGCGUCGCGCGAAUUAAGCAGUGCAAGCAGAGAGUUGAGCAUCAGUUUCGGCAGAACCAUGGCAAAGGCGAUGAAGACAAAAUUGUGCGGCAUGGCGGCGUAUGUGAUGACAGAGGCAAUGGCCACGGAACUUGUUAAUGCGCAUGUGUUUAUGCUGUAGAGGAUGAGCGUACGAAUGAGCGAGUCGGUCCUGCAGAGGUCAAGGAUAAAGAUUUAAGUUUGCCGGUAAAGCUACAAAAAAUGUCAGACUGGACGUGACGCACCGCUUGAAGCCCGUGCGACGCCUGAUAAGCAUCGUGCAGAGCGCAGCCGCGAUGGCGCAAUCUGUGAAGGCCUGAAUGCUAAAUGUAGCAUACCAAAUCCA